UGACCAGCCCAAGAAAGGCCUGGGCUGGAGGCAAUGAUGUGGGGACUGCAUUUGGCCCCCCCAGUCCCCUUCCUUGAACAGCCAGGUUUUGCUGCUGCUGCCUGGGUUCAUGGCCAUUACAGUGAGGAAAGGGAUUGUGCACUGUUAAGAUCUGCUACAAUGGUGUCCUCCAAGAGGCUUGCAGACCUUGGAUACAAGAUGUUCUCUGGGUCAAUGAUGUUACUGACAGUGUACGGUGGUUACCUGUGCAGUGCCCGUGCGUACCGCUACUUCCAGAAUCAAAAGGCUUUAAAGGCAGCGGCUGAAGAACAAGCCAAUGAAAUGAUAAAGGACUAGGGGCCGUCCCUACCCUGGGAAGCAAAAGCCUCCAUUUCCACGUGACAAAAAUGAAUGACAUUUAACAUUAUGUAACUACCAGGAUCAACAAUUUUAAAAACCUAUUCAUUAGAAAAAUUAAGAUGUGGAUAAAUAGUUUUUGAAAAUUGUUUCCUGUAAAGCUUUUUUUUGUGGUGUAACUUUGGCCAUUAGCUGGCCCAUCUUUCUUCAGAAAACUGACUUGCAGCCUCUAUCCCUCAAGUGAAAAGCUAAACAUUUCCAUAAGCAUUCAUUUAAAACAAUGACCCAAGAUACCUGUUGUUUGAGACUGUAUUUUGACCCAGUGAAGGAAUGGCGAUUAUAGUUCAAAGUGUUGCAUGACUUGGAGGGGUAGAUGAUCAAGUUUUGAAACAUUUUUUUUUAUAUAACAGAAAUGGUAUGCUGCUGUGUCUUAAUAUGGCAAAUGUAAUGUUGGCAUUUACUCAAGGGCAAUGGAAAAUAAAAGGAGGGAAGUUUUACCACAGCUGUACAGGACUUUGGUGAGACUACAGCUGGAGUAUA